UUCAUUUUAACAAAAAUUUUGAAUUAAAGCAGUGGGAAUUUUGAGGAGAUUGACUAUUUUAUUCUUCUUUUUAGAUUUGUACCUCCAUUCACACUGACAUUGACCUUUAGAUUCAGAAUCCAAAUGUGUCCUAAUGUCAAUUUUUGUUACCUCUAGUGCUAUGUCUUUAUUAGGAGUCUUGAUAUGCUUUGACUUUGUAAUGCAAACCUAUAUAUCUUUAGAAGAGAACCAGGAACCCAAGAGCACAGUUGCUUUUCUCCUGCCUGAAGAAUCUACAGACGCUGUUCUACUUACUGAAAAGAAACAAAUUCCAGAUCGCCGAGAAGCUGAGAGACAGUGGUUACUUAGAAGGCGCCGGCGGCGCUCUAUUCUGUUUCCUGAUGGAGUAAAAAUCUGUCCAAAUGAAAGUGUUACAGAGGCUGUGGCAAACCACAUGAGGUAUUUUAAAGUCCGAGUGUGCCAGGAAGCAGUCUGGGAAGCGUUUAGGACUUUUUGGGAUCGACUUCCUGGGCGUGAGGAAUAUCGUUACUGGAUGGAUUUGUGUGAGGAUGGAAUUACAAGUAUAUUUGAAAUGGGUACCAAUUUUAGUCAGUCUGUGGAACACAGAAGCUUAGUCAUGAAGAAACUGACUUACAUGAAGGAAACUAUAAGCAGUCCUGAAUUGUCAUCUCCAGUUCCUGCUGGUGAUACCUCAACAUUGAGAGAUGCUGCUCUCAGAGUUCCAUAUUCCAGGGUGGCCUCCUCUGAAGGUGCCUCAGAGAGGAGCUUGGAGCUCCCACAGGAGACUAUUAGCAAUGAAAUUGAGAAUGUGGUAGAAGAGCCUGCAAAACCAGCAGCUGAACAGGUUGCAGAAUUCAGUAUUCACCUUUUGGGGAGACAAUAUAGAGAAGAACUUCAGGACCCCACAAGUUUCCAUCACCAGCAUCUUGCAGAAGAGUUUAUUUCAGAGGUGGAAAAUGCAUUUGCUGGAUUACCAGGCUACAGACAGAUUCAUGUUCUUGAAUUUAGGUCUCCUAAGGAAAACGGCAGUGGUAUAGAUGUUCUCUACACAGUUACCUUCAAUGCUGAGGCCAUCAGCAAUACCACAUGGGACCUAAUUAGCCUUCACUCCAACAAGGUGGAAAACCAUGGCCUUGUGGAAAUGGAUGAUAAACCCACUGCUGUUUAUACAAUUAGUAACUUCAGAGAUUAUAUUGCUGAGACACUUCACCAGAACUUUUUGCUGGGGAAUUCCUCUGUGAAUCCUGAUCCUGAGUCUCUUCGGCUUAUUAAUGUGAGAGGAGUUUUGCUUCCACAAACAGAAGACCCAGUUUUAAACACCCAAAGUUCAAGUUUUCAGUCAACAUCACCAUCUGUUCUGGAUAAUACCUUUCCAGCUGAAUGGCUCUCAGCAGAUGAAUCCACCAUCAGCAAUAUUUCACAACUUGGAUUCACCUCUGGUCCUCCCUCAACCCUUGGCAGGGAACUGUGGUCAGAAAGUGCUUUGAGUGACUUAGUGUCUACAUCUAAAUUAACCUUCCCCUCGGAAUUGGGCCUCAGUUCUUCCCCAGAGGUGUUAGAUGUUAGCAGCUUGACUCUUCAUUCUGUCACCCCAGCAGUGCUGCAGACUGGCUUGCCUGUGGCUUCUCAGGAGGGAACUUCUGGAUCUCACUUACUAGAAGAUGGAUUGGCCAAUAUUGAAGAGUCAAAUGUUCUUUCUACAGAUACAUUACCUUCAAGUGCAUUCACUCAAUCUGUGCCAAAAAGAACAAUACCAUCUAUAGACGACUCAGAUGUGUCCCUGACAUCCUCACCAUAUCUAACCUCAUCUGUUCCAUUAGAUCUUCCUGCUAAAGAAAUGACUUUUGACUUGGACUCCUUGGCCUCCAAAGUCACAGAGCAAUUGGAAGUGGGGCCUUUGUUUCCUGAUACAUCUGUGGAAAAAGAGGUCAUAUUUGAGAGUGGUUUCAGUUCUGGGUCUGGGCAAAAGGUGGACGUGAUAACUUGGCCCUGGAGUGAGACUUCAUUAGACAAGAGCACUGAACCACUGUCCAAGCCAUGGUUUGAGAAUGAGGAUUCACUUUUGCCAACUGAAGGUAUAGAUGAGAAACUACUUAGAGAUGAAAAAAUGGAUUCCACAGAUCUAACUAUUGAACAGUCAAAACAUAGUCAUGAUGAUACACACACACGUUUUGCAGAAACAGAGACCCUCAGUGGACCUACUGUACCCACCUUUGCAGAGUCUGUGACUUGGUCUGCAUCUCUGAUUUUUUCCAAGCAUCCAUCAGAAGUAUCUGUUGAUUAUUACUCAGUUACAAAAGCACCACUCCUACAGACAUCUAUAGCCAGUUCUGCUUCUCCUGAGAAAACAGAGCAAGUGGAUGCCUUCCUACAGGAGCACAUAGGACAAACAACAGAGUCAUCUGGCCAGGAAUUGUUUGACAGCAAGGUUUCAGAGGUGAAGGCAGAUAUGCAAUCUACAUGGACCAUACCACCAGAAGCAGAUAUAGUUUGGAAAAGAACUUCCCCGGAAAAACUGUUGAGAGAUACAUUGGCAAGUACACCAAUGAGUACUGCUAGAUCCUGGUUGAAAUCUUCCUUGACACAGUCCACUAAAUUGCCUUCAACCACAAGCUCCACCCUGCUAGAGGAUGAAGUAAUAAUGGGUGUACAGGAUAUUUCAUUAGAACUGGACCGGAUAGGCACAGAUUACUAUCAGCCUGAGCUAAUCCAAGAGCAAAAUGGCAAGCUUGGUAGCUAUGUGGAAAUAUCUACAAAUGACCAUUCUACAGAGAAGGUUAUUGUGGCCCAUCCCACCAAAGGAGGUGACGCAGGUGACACUCAGACCACAGGAGCUUUGGUGGUUUUCUUCAGUCUUCGAGUGACUAAUAUGUUGUUUUCAGAAGACUUGUUUAAUAAAAACUCUCUGGAAUAUAAAGCCCUGGAGCAAAGAUUCUUAGAAUUGCUGGUUCCCUAUCUCCAGUCAAAUCUCACAGGUUUCCAGAAUUUAGAAAUCCUUAACUUCAGAAAUGGCAGCAUUGUGGUGAACAGUCGAAUGAGGUUUGCCAAGUCUGUCCCUCCUAAUGUCAAUAAUGCUGUGUACCUGAUUCUGGAAGACUUUUGCACCACAGCCUACCAAACCAUGAACUUGGAUAUUGAUAAAUACUCCCUUGAUGUGGAAUCAGGUGAUGAGGCCAACCCUUGCAAGUUUCAGGCCUGUAAUGAAUUUUCUGAAUGUUUGGUCAACUCCUGGAGUGGAGAAGCAAAGUGCAGAUGCUACCCUGGGUACCUGAGUGUAGACGAUCUGCCCUGUCAGAGUCUCUGUGAACUACAGCCAGACUUCUGCUUGAAUGAUGGAAAAUGUGACAUUAUGCCUGGGCAUGGGGCCAUUUGUAGAUGCCGAGUGGGUGAAAACUGGUGGUACCGAGGUGAGCACUGUGAAGAGUUUGUGUCUGAGCCUUUGGUCAUAGGCAUUACCAUAGCUUCUGUGGCUGGCCUUCUCUUUGCCUCUUCUGUUAUCAUCUUCUUCCUUGUCAAGACUCUUCAAGCUCAGAAUAUCAGGAGAGAAAGAGAGAGGCCUAGCAGGCAGCCUGACAGCCUGUCAUCCAUUGAGAAUGCUGUGAAGUACAACCCUGCUUAUGAAAGCCAGGUGGCUGGAUGUGAGCAGCAUGGUGAAGCUCAGUAUCCCUUCCACAGCUCUGCCUGUGAAGAGGUGAUUGGCGGUCUGAGCAGAGAAGAAAUCAGACAGAUGUAUGAGAGCAGUGGCCUUUCCAAAGAGGAAAUUCAAGAGAGAAUGAGGAUAUUGGAACUGUAUGCUAAUGAUCCAGAGUUUGCAGCUUUUGUAAGAGAGCAUCAAAUGGAGGAGCUUUAACACACAUGCCUAUCUUUGACAUGGAUUAGAAGACUGGAGAAAUUGGAGACCACUGGUUAUCAUGUCAUGUAAUUAAUAUAGAAUUUACUUUGAGCACCACUGGAAGAAUCUAUUAAAAAAUAAAUAUGGAACAUACACUAUUUCCCUAGCUUAAAAUAGUAGGAGUUGUGAUACUUUUUACUUCUACAAAGACCAAGAGCUUGUGUUAAAAAAAGUUCAAAAUCAUAAGUGUUGGAAAGUAUUCUACUACAAAAGAAGGGGAGAGAGAGAGAGAGAGAGAGAGGAUAGAGAGGACAGAAAGAAAAAGAGAGGGUAAAAGAAAUAAAAAUCCAGUUCCUGGAGUUAGAACUACAAUUUCUCUCUGCUCCUGACUCUGAGAUUUUUCCCAAGAAUUGUGCCUAAGUUUCCAAGGGGGAGCAUAAUCUAAUACUAUGGCAAAGAGAAGUUAAGCUUCAUAAAUCAUAAUUAUGUAACUUAUUUGUUAAUGUCAGAAAGACUAGGGAAUCUUGGAAGUAAUUCUAAUAUAGUUUAGAGUAAUUACCAAAUAAAACAUUAUUUUUGUUUGGGUUUUAAUUUUAAAAGUAAUUGAUAAUUAUUUUCAAAGCAUUAUAAAUGUUGAGGAUAUUUGUCCCUUUUAAAUGCUUGAUUUUAUUUGUAAAACUUUCAAAAGAUUUAUGCUUAAGAUUCAAAGCUUUUUUCCUAAGCUCAUAUAUGUUGGAUGAAAAACAAAUUGUUUAUAAAUCACAAAUUAACACUAAAAGGCAGCUCUUUAAAUGGGUGCUUGGUGGAAGAGUUCUAGACAACUAUAAAGGUUGUCUAGGGCACAUCACCAUGAAAAAUACUCAGUAGAAGCACAGCCCGAGCCAAAGGAGGACUCUUGUUUUCCAAGAGAUGAGCAGUAAAGUGGGAAGUUGGGAAUAUUUGACACACGUCACUGUCUCUGAUUUACUUUUGAAGUCUUAGGCCAAACUUUUAUUUAGGAACUCUCAUUUCAUUAAGGACUGAAAUUUUCUGAAUAUUAAAACAUUGCCAUGAACCUAGCAACAUAAUAUUCAAUAUGAUGAUCAUGUUAUUCAAAAGUAAUAAAAUGGAGUUAAAUACUAUAAAACUGCAUAGUGAAUAACUCAAGCUUUUUCCCCCUCCUGGAGUCAUAAGGUACAGUGACUCUUACAGAUGUAUUGUUUAUUUGAUAAAUAGGUCUAUUUUUACUAUUGUACUAGCUUAAAGAUAUUUGUUCACAUUUAUGUGGCUUACCAUCCCACUUACUUUACAUAAAAAGUUUCAUGUAGGUUAGGUUUCAUUUUAUUCCACCUAUUUUCAUUUUACUUUGUUCUGGGCCUGGGAAUGUCCCUGAAAUUCUUUUAUGUAAGGCUGGUGUUCUACCACUUGAG